AUGUUACAGAAUAUCACAACUGAGAUGACUUUAGAUGAUUUGUCUGGGAAACCUGUGGCUGCAAUUCACGUCUUUGGACUAUCUAUCAAAGCUCUUGUAGAUCAUCUGAUGGAUAUGGUUAAAAUACGAGGUAGUUCUUUAAAGAUGAAUGAAAUUCAAUGGGUCCUUACAGUACCAGCUAUUUGGACGGAUAACGCAAAGCAAUUUAUGAGGAAAAGUGCUGAAAUGGCUGGAAUUCCACCAGAAAGAUUAAUUCUAGCAUUAGAACCAGAAGCGGCAUCGAUUUUUUGUCAGUAUUUACCCACAGAGAAGCUACAAGGCAUUGAACAAGGAUUUUCAAUGGCAGAAACUGGUACGAAAUACAUGGUGGUCGAUCUUGGAGGUGGCACUGCUGAUAUUACUGUUCAUGAAAAGAUGGCAGAUGGAAAAUUAAAAGAACUGUGCAGAGCCAAUGGGAGUGAUUGUGGUGGAACAUCAGUAGAUGGUCGUUUUUUUCAGCUUCUUGUAAAAAUAUUAAGCGGUCCUUUGAUGAAGUCUCUAAGAGAUGAAAACCUAUCGGCUUACUUGGACCUCUUUCGUGAGUUUGAAACUGUUAAAAGGACAAUCGACUCAUCAAAAGCAGGAAAAAUUAAUAUGACUGUUCCUUAUGUAGCACUGGAUAAAAUGUGUAAAAGAAUUUUGAAAGAAGAUUUCCCUUCGGUUGUUGAGUCCUCGAUAUUUGCAAAGGAAAUUUCUUUACGGGGCGAUAAAAUAAGAAUAGAUGUCGAUCGGAUGAUUAAACUUUUUAAACCUACAAUUGAUAGCAUAAUUGCUUUGAUGAAAGAAGUUUUGAAGGAUAAAACAGCAUCUGGAGUGACACUUAUUUUGUUGGUAGGUGGUUUUUCGGAAUGUCGGCUCAUAAAGGAAAGCGUUCAUCAGGUUUUCACAAAUAAAAAGAUCAUUAUUCCUGACGAAGCUGGAUUAUGUGUUUUAAAGGGUGCAGUGUUGUUUGGACAUAGACCGGAUUAUAUCCAAUCCAGAGUAAUGCGAUUUAGCUAUGGCUUGGAAUCCUCCCAUCCAUUCAAUGAAAAGAAGCAUGACAUAAAAUAUCUGGAGGAAAUAAAUGGCGAAAAGAAAUGCAGGAAAAUAUUUUCAAAAUUAGUUUCGAAGGACGAAGCUGUGCAAUGUGGAAAAAAGGUCAUAAAGGAAUUUUUUACUCUUUUUGAGCAGCAAGAAAUGUUGAAUUUCGAAUUAUUCAUAUCUACGGAUGUUAAUCCGCGCUAUGUUGACGAAGUUUCCUGUACAUUCAUAGGAGAAAUGAAAAUGAAAUUGCCGAGUACAUGCAUGGAAAAAAGAUAUGUAGAUGUUGAAAUUGUAUUUGGGAAUACAGAAAUCGAAAUGACAGCAGUAGACCGAAAAUCCAACGAGAAGAUUAGUAGCAGUUUUAAUCUUGUUUGA